AUGGCAAGCUCAGGCUCAAGGUCCAGGUCCAGAUUCAAAACCAAAAAACAAAUUACGGUUAAGAUUAACAGCCCCCACAUUGGUAAUUUGGUGUUUGAAGAUAGCAAGCUUCCUUCAGCUAUUUGGGAAGGUGGCGAAUUGCCACGCAUCGUGGUUGGCCCAGGAGAUCCGGAGGACUUGCCCCAAAUUUUCAACAAGGUGGUGAACAGCAGGGAAGGCUUUAUCAAGCAUUCUAUGAAGAUGAUUGAUAACCUAUUAACAGACGGCUACAAUGACUUGGCUAUGGAGAUUGGGAAUGAUAUUACUGAAGAGGGGUCUAUUUCCAAGGUUGUGGUGCUAACAGGGAUUGUUGAUGAGUAUGCUGAGGCUGGCAAGACCAUGGAGGCUCUUUAUGUGUAUAGGAUGAUGUUGGAAUCAGAACGUUGUGCCCCUAAUGCGUACACUUACAGUGUUGUUAUUAAAGCACUGGCUGCAGACCCGGACCCCAGUUUUCUUGGGGUUGCUAAGGAAUACGUGAUGGAGAUGAUGGGGAAAGGGUUGCAGCCCAAUGCCAAGACUUACACCGCCGUGCUUGAGGCGUUUGCUGGGCAUGAGAAGAUGGAGGAGGGUAAGAUGUUUCUGGAGGGGAUGAAAGCUAAUGGAUUUGUGGCUAAUAGGGAGGCAAUGAGGGCUAUGAGACAUGUUCUUAAGGGUAAAGGACCUCUGGUUAGAUUCAUUAGCGAGAUUCUCUUUGAUAACUCGGAAGACAAUUCAGGUGACUCGGAACAUGAUGAUGAUGAUAUGAACAAGUCCAACAGAAUGAUGGAACAGAUGAAUUGCCCUCCUAAUGGCUAUGUUGGCAAGAAACAUGUCAUUGAAGACGACCCAGAAAACCCCAAAGAUUUGGAAUGUGUCUUCGACAUGAUGUGCAAGAUGGAACCCCUCGUCCACACCCUCACCAGGAUGGUCAACAUGCUAAAGAAAGAUGGAUUCAUGUCCCAAGCUCACGAGAUCAGGGAUGAGUUUGAAUCAGGUGAUAUACCUGAAGUUGUAACCCACACUGGUGUAAUUGAGAUUUAUGCCAAGAAUGAUCAAGCCAAGGAGGCUCGGAAGGUUUUCUUGCGCAUGCUAUCCCUCGGAGUUACCCCAAAUGCAUACACUUAUAGUGUUAUCAUCAAGGCACUUGCUAAGGAUUCUGACUUUUUUGAAGAUGCUAAGACAUACUUGCUGGAAAUGAUGGAUAAGGGAAUGCAGCCCAAUGCCAGGACAUACACCCCUGUGUUCAAGGCCUUUGCUCGGUUGGAGGAGGAUAAUGUGAAGAAAGGGAAGGAGUUUCUGAUGGAGAUGAAAGCCAAGGGAUUCAGGGCUAAAAGGAAGGCUGUGAUGGAAGUUCUCAAGGGAAGAAAAGGACCUGUGGUUCAAACCGUCAUCACUGUUCUUUUCAACAAGUAA